AUGCUUUCUUCCCGCUUCUGCCGCGCGCUCCCCCGCGCUACCUCUUUCGCCCGUGCUCCCGCCUUCAGAGUCCCCGGUGCUGUGCCCCGGAGAUGGAACUCGACAGAAGGUGGCGAGGAGAAGGUUAAGGGCCAGGUCAUUGGUAUUGACCUUGGUACCACUAACUCGGCUGUUGCCGUGAUGGAGGGCAAGGCUCCCAAGAUCAUCGAGAACACUGAAGGUGCUAGAACAACACCAUCUGUUGUCGCUUUCGCUCAAGAUGGCGAGCGUCUGGUCGGUAUCGCUGCUAAGCGUCAGGCCGUUGUCAACCCCGAGAACACUCUUUUCGCCACUAAGCGUCUCAUCGGUCGCAAGUUCACCGACGGUGAGGUUCAGCGUGACCUGAAGGAGGUCCCUUACAAGAUUGUUCAGCACACCAACGGUGACGCCUGGGUUGAGGCUCGUGGCCAGAAGUACUCGCCCUCGCAGAUUGGUGGUUUCACUCUCCAGAAGAUGAAGGAGACUGCCGAGAACUACCUCAGCAAGCCUGUUAAGAACGCUGUCGUUACCGUUCCCGCCUACUUCAACGACUCUCAGCGUCAGGCCACCAAGGAUGCCGGUCAGAUUGCUGGUCUCAACGUCCUUCGUGUCGUAAACGAGCCUACUGCCGCUGCUCUUGCCUACGGUCUGGAGAAGGAGGCUGACCGUGUUGUCGCCGUCUACGAUCUUGGUGGUGGUACCUUCGAUAUCUCCGUUCUGGAGAUCCAGAAUGGCGUGUUCGAGGUCAAGUCCACCAACGGUGACACCCACCUUGGUGGUGAGGACUUUGAUAUCCACCUUGUUCGCAACAUUGUGCAGUCUUUCAAGAAGGACUCUGGCCUCGACCUCACCGGUGACCGCAUGGCUAUCCAGCGUAUCCGUGAGGCUGCUGAGAAGGCCAAGAUUGAGUUGUCCUCUUCUCUCCAGACUGAGAUCAACCUUCCUUUCAUCACUGCCGACGCCAGCGGUGCUAAGCACAUCAACCAGAAGAUGACCCGUAGCCAGCUUGAGGCUCUUGUUGAUCCUCUGAUCAGCCGCACCAUCGAACCCGUCCGCAAGGCCCUUAAGGACGCCAACCUCCAGUCCAGCGAGAUCCAGGACAUCAUCCUUGUUGGUGGUAUGACUCGUAUGCCCAAGGUUACUGAGUCUGUCAAGUCGAUGUUCGGCCGUGAGCCCGCUAAGUCGGUUAACCCUGAUGAGGCCGUCGCUAUUGGUGCUGCUGUCCAGGGUGCUGUCCUGUCUGGUGAGGUUACCGACAUUCUCUUGCUCGACGUCACCCCUCUGUCUCUCGGUAUCGAAACCCUCGGUGGUGUCUUCACCCGUCUGAUUAGCCGCAACACCACUAUCCCCACCAAGAAGUCUCAGACCUUCUCCACCGCCGCUGACUUCCAGACGGCUGUCGAGAUCAAGGUCUUCCAGGGUGAGCGUGAGCUUGUCAAGGACAACAAGUUGCUCGGUAACUUCCAGCUCGUCGGCAUUCCUCCUGCCCACCGUGGUGUUCCUCAGGUCGAGGUCACCUUCGACAUUGACGCCGACUCCAUUGUCCACGUCCACGCCAAAGACAAGUCCACCAACAAGGACCAGUCCAUCACCAUUGCCUCUGGCUCUGGUCUCUCUGAUGCUGAGAUCCAGUCGAUGGUUCAAGACGCUGAGAAGUAUGGUGCUGCGGACCAGGAGCGCAAGGCCGCCAUUGAGGCUGCCAACCGUGCUGACAGUGUCCUGAACGACACUGAGAAGGCUCUCAAGGAGUUCGAGGACCGCCUCGACAAGGCUGAGGCUGAGCAGAUCCGUGAGAAGAUUGGCAACCUUCGCGAGUUCGUCGCCAAGAACCAGUCCGGUGAGGGUACCGCCACCGCCGAGGAGCUCAAGCAGAAGACCGACGAGCUCCAGACCGCCAGCUUGACCCUCUUCGACAAGAUGCACAAGGCCCAGUCUGAGCAGCAGCAGCAGCAGCCGCCUCAGGGUGGUGAGGGUGAGAACAAGGCUUAA